UCCGCUCUGCUGCUCUGCUUGGUGUGUCCGCCUGUCUCGUCUGCCCGCCCGUCCGAUUCCCUUCGCUAAUCCGUGUCUGCCUCCAGCACGCCCUCCAUUCAGACGAGACAGCGCGUUUAUCACCGUCUGUCUGCCUUCUCCGGCCUGCUGCUCGCUGCUUCCCGCCUGACCGUGCCAGCCGGCCGCCGUCUCGCGCCUCUGUCGCCUCUCGCCUUUUCCAAUCCCCUCCAUCCGAAGCCCAUGUCGUUUCUGCACCUCUAAUCGCUUCCGUUUUCACCGUCUGGUACGGCUUCCUUUCCCUGGCCCGGCCUGUGCUGCCUGUCGGGCCUUGUCGGGUCGACCCAGGCUUCGAUGCCUGGGGCCUCGUCGUGCGUGAAAUCCGUGGUGAGAAAAAAAAAAGCGGUGUUGACGGUGCUGCUUGUUACAGGACGCCAUGGCUGGUGAAGACGACGCUUUCCAGGCGGCCGCUGAGAUCCUGA